AUGAGCUACUCAGUUUCAGCAGCACAAUUAUGGUCGCGAAAACUGGCUAUGCAAGCUGAAGAUAUGCAAUUGAGUCAAAAAAAUACAAACAGCAGUAUUUUAAACAUUAUAGGAGAGAUGAAAGCCCUACAAGAAACAACAAAUCAGAACAUGGAUCAAAACUUCAAAUCUCUUACUCAAAAUCACCAUCAAGUUUCGUCCUAUAUGUUUCAAACCUUAAACAACUUCCAAACUUAUCUUCAAAAGGUGAUCGAAGAACAACAGAAAACCAACUUGCGCAUGGAAGUCUUGGAAAAAAACGUAUUUACAUUACAAGCCCAACUGGGGUCCAUUCAAACCGAGCAAGAGAAUGGGUUCAAGAACAUAGAGAAGCUACUAAAAGAGUCGACAGCCACUACAGUGGCUGCUACAAUGAAGCAAGUAGCAGCAAAGGAACCCAAACGAAAAACCACUACGUCUCAUUCAAAGCCUGUUCAAGCGAACCCAACAUCAGCUGCCAAAAGAAACGCAACUUCAAUGAGGAAAAGAGUGCUAGCUUUGGACUUUUUGGCUGAAGAUGACUACUAG